AUGAAGAUAUCUGUAGCAGGCAUUGCAUUUAUGCUACUAGCACUACACACGAGCAAAUCAGAAGGAGAUCCUAACAACUACGACGGUUAUAAUGAUGAAUGCAGAGGGAAAAUAGACAUCGUUUUCCUCAUUGACAACUCAUGGAGCGUUUUAAAGCCUAAUUUUGAUAAAUUAAAAGAUUUUAUAACUACAACUGCUUACGAUCUCAGACCACUUAGUCAGGAACACGUCCUUGUUGGUGUAGAUGUGUUUUCAAAGAAAGCUGUGACAGAAAUAAGUCUGAAAGGUUGCAACGACUUUUGGUCAUUCCGAAAAGCUGUUUCUCAAAUUCCUUUUCAAGGAGGACCAACCAAUACUCACUGUGCCUUAGACAAUGCCUUAUGGAAUAGCUUUUCCGAAGAGUAUGGAGGUAGACCUUAUGUACCAAAGCUUGCAAUUAUCUUCACCGAUGGUAAAUCUCAAGAUAAGAAGGCAACUUGGGAGGCUGCAUAUAGGUUAAAAGAUUCUGGCGUUAAUGUUGUUGCUAUUGGCAUAGGUCCACAUAUUGAUGAGGAGGAGCUUGUGGCCAUUUCAUCAGAUGGAAAUCCUUACAAAUUACCAAAUUUUGGGAUGAGAGCUUACAACCAUAGGACAACUUCGAGGAUUUUUUCUAUAUUUAUUUUUCACAUUUACAUCGUAGAAAAAGGGAAAUUAAAUAUUGCAUCAGUUAUGCUGACACCAUAUACAACCACGUUAUUUUUACUUCUGAUUGCUAUCAUAAUCGGUAUUAUAGAUGGCCAACUAAAGAAAAUAGAUGCUAAACCAAAGAAGCCUUUUAUUGCCUUGAUUAACAACAAAUGUGGAGGGAAACGAGAUAUGGUUUUCCUUCUUGAUUCGUCGGGUAGUGUUACAUUGCAGAACUUCAAAACUAUGUUAAACACCGCAGCAAAUAUCGCCCAUCAUUUCCAAAUUGGCAGUCAACACACACAAGUUGGCGUAGACAGAUUUUCCACAACAGCAAAAACAAUGAUAAAGCUGAAUCAAUGGAACAAUUGGUUCGCUCUUCAAAUGAAGAUUAAACAAAUUCCGUAUGUUCCAGGACUUACAUAUACUUGGAUUGCACUAGACCAUGCAAGAACGGAAAGUUUUUCUGAAAGCUAUGGAGCAAGACCUGGAGUUCCAAAAAUCGCAAUUGUGAUGACAGAUGGUAAAUCUCAAAAUAAAACAAAAACUUGCGAGGCAGCAAAGAGACUACGAAAUAGCGGGGUAAACGUAUUUGCCAUUGGUAUUGGCAUUAACAUCGACUGGAGUGAGAUUUUAUGCAUAACAAUAGAUAGUUUCAGUAUCCGGGUGAACAAUUUUGCGGCAUUGAAAUCAAAGUCCUUCAGAAAAAGGAUUGCAAAUGAAGCUUGCUCACUGAACACAAUUAUAAUACCGACAAGGGGCUGAAACAGAAUAAUUAGAAGAUAUUGCGAUGUGUAAAAAGAUUCCAUCGUUGUUGCACGGAGAUUCUGUGGUCACUGUUUAUUAAUAAAAUUGAGAACUCUUAAAUGCUGGUUGAAUAUUCUAACUAACAAAACACCAAUUGUAUAUGAUGUUUACAAUUAUUACUUGAAGCUGGCUUCUAAUGUAUGUGAUUUAUUAUUUGAUAGUUGUCUGAAUUAUAUAUAUAUAAAUAUUUAUCGAUGUAUUGAGAAUAGAAAUAAAGAUCAGUAUAUACAAAGAUGGUUAGCAUCCGUAGAAAGGAAUGCAAAACGUAGUAGUUAUAAGAAUAUAAAGUUAGAAUUUAAGUUUAAACAUCAUUUAGAUUACAGUAGUACACUAAAGCUGAUUUUUGAAACUUGAACUUAACUGAUAUGACCAGAGAAUAACGUUUAAUGUUGUAAUAUGCAGUGUGUUGAAAACGAAUACCAUUUUUUAUCAAUAUGCCCUGCCUAUAGAUCAAUAAGGCUGUAAAUUUGCCAAAAUGUUAUUCUUCUUGGCUAAACAAGUUACAGUAUUAAUUUAGAUUAACGUCAUUUUACUUAUAAAGAAAUUGAUUAAUAACAUAAAAUCUGCAUAAUCAAUCAGAUCACAUAAUGUUACUUAAUAUUGUUUAUUUUCUUAUAGUGCUUUUUAUGUAUGGCUCUCUGUUGUUUAUCAUUUGUAAUGUUGUAAAAAAUGCUUUCGUUGCUAUGGCGUAUUUACUG